AUGGAUCUCCUACAGUCCUACAAAGGCACCGACAUGGACGAUGACGAACAAGGCCAAGAAUCACCGGAUCAAAACCCUAAUUCCACAGGCUCCGAUCACUCUUCACCCGAUUCUUCACCGCUGCGGAUCUCUCUCCCCUCCAAAUCCGCCGCGCCCAAAGUCGACGACACCAUGCUCGCUCUCACCGUCGCCACCGACCCGAAGCGAAACCAAUCCAAACCCAUUAACCCGACCCAACAUGUUGUCAACUUCAACCCCACCUACGACCAGCUCUGGGCACCCAUUUACGGCCCUGCACAUCCCUAUGCCAAGGAUGGUCUCGCACAAGGCAUGCGAAAUCACAAGCUAGGGUUCGUCGAGGACGCCUCAAUCGGAUCUUUUGUUUUCGACGAACAGUACAACACUUUCCACAAGUAUGGCUACGCCGCCGACCCAUCGCAGAAUCAGUAUAUCGGAAAUUUGGACGCGUUUCAGCAAAACGAUGGUAUUUCGGUGUAUAACAUACCACAACACGAACAGAAGAAGAGGAAGCUUGAGAAGAAAAAGGAAAAAUUGGAUAGUGAAGAGAAUGGGGAAGAUGGGGAAGACGGUGGUAAUGUGGACCCCACCGAGGUUGACAAUCCAGCGUCGGAGGCGUGGUUGUUGAAGAAUCGGAAGAGUCCGUGGGCUGGAAAGAAAGAAGGGUUACAAACGGAGUUGACAGAGGAGCAGAAGAAGUAUGCGGAGGAAUAUGCGAAGAAAAAGGGUGAAGAGAGAGGUGGGGAUCGAGACAAAGGCGAAAUUGUACAAGAUAAGAGUACAUUUCAUGGUAAGGAGGAGAGAGAUUAUCAGGGUAGGUCGUGGAUUGCGCCACCAAAGGACGCGAAGGCGACGAAUGAUCAUUGUUAUAUACCCAAAAGAUUGGUUCAUACGUGGUCCGGGCACACUAAGGGUGUGUCUGCAAUUAGGUUUUUCCCCAAGUCUGGUCAUUUGAUUUUAUCGGCAGGGAUGGAUACAAAGGUGAAGAUUUGGGAUGUGUUCAAUUCGGGGAAGUGUAUGAGGACUUACAUGGGGCAUUCCAAGGCUGUAAGAGAUAUUUGGUUUUGUAAUGAUGGGACCAAGUUUCUGACUGCGGGGUAUGAUAAGAAUAUCAAGUACUGGGAUACAGAGACCGGGCAGGUGAUAUCGACAUUUUCAACGGGGAAGGUACCAUAUGUUGUUAGGCUCAACCCGGAUGAGGAUAAACAGAAUGUACUUUUAGCUGGUAUGAGUGAUAAGAAAAUUGUUCAGUGGGAUAUGAAUUCCGGGCAGAUCACUCAGGAGUAUGAUCAGCAUUUGGGGGCUGUGAAUACUAUCACAUUUGUGGACAAUAAUAGGAGAUUUGUUACUUCUAGCGAUGAUAAAUCUUUGCGAGUUUGGGAAUUUGGAAUUCCAGUGGUUAUAAAGUAUAUAAGUGAACCUCACAUGCAUUCUAUGCCAGCAAUUUCACUUCACCCGAAUAAGAAUUGGCUUGCAGCGCAGAGUCUAGACAAUCAGGUUCUUAUUUAUAGUACUAGGGAGAGAUUUCAGCUUAAUAAGAAGAAGAGGUUUGCAGGGCACAUAGUAGCAGGGUACGCUUGUCAGGUUAAUUUCUCACCAGAUGGACGGUUUGUUAUGUCGGGAGAUGGUGAGGGUAAAAUGUGGUUUUGGGACUGGAAGAGUUGCAAAGUGUUUAGAACACUCAAGUGUCAUGAGGGAGUUUGUAUCGGUUGUGAGUGGCAUCCGUUGGAACAAAGUAAAGUGGCUACAUGUGGAUGGGAUGGCUUGAUCAAAUACUG